AUGGCUUCUCGAAUCUUUAUUGCGCGCCUCUCGGGCCAACGCUUCUCGGCUGUGGCCAGAACCGCUCCUCGGGGAGCAAGCCAGUUCCGCAAUGUCAAGGGAUUGUCUACCCUUACGCGGAAGGCUUCGGCUCGCUCAGCUUCGGGCUUGUUGCAGGUCUCCUCCGGCAUCAAUGUCUCGAGGCUCAAUCUUGCUCCUCUGGGAGGCCAUCAGCUUCGCACCUAUGCCGACUCCAUUAUCAAGGUCCCCAACAUGGCUGAGUCGAUUACAGAGGGUACCCUCAAGCAGUUCUCAAAACAGGUUGGCGAUUUCGUCGAGCGCGACGAGGAGAUUGCGACAAUUGAAACAGACAAGAUUGAUGUCUCGGUCAAUGCCCCGGAUUCUGGUGUUAUCAAGGAGUUCCUUGUGAACGAGGAAGAUACCGUUACUGUCGGCCAGGAUCUCGUCAGGAUCGAGCUUGGCGCCGCUCCCGAAGGCGGAAAGAAGGACGAGGGCGCCGAGAAGCCCAAGGAGCCCGAACCCAAGGCGCCUGAGCCGAAAGAGCCUGAGCCUAAGAAGGAGGCCCCGCCCGCCCCCACCGAGACCGAGAAGCCCAAGGCGCCUGAACCUAAGAAGGCUGCGCCUCCCAAGGAAGCUCCUAAGCCCCAAGCUGCCGAACAGCCAGCUUCUAUUGGUAACCGCGAGGAACGCCGGGUCAAAAUGAACCGUAUGCGUCUGCGUAUUGCCGAGCGCCUGAAGCAGUCCCAGAAUACCGCCGCUUCACUUACCACUUUCAACGAGGUUGACAUGUCCUCGCUGAUGGAGUUCCGGAAACUGUACAAGGAAGAUACUCUCAAGAAGACCGGUGUGAAGCUUGGCUUCAUGAGCGCCUUCUCCCGUGCUUGUGUGCUUGCCAUGAAGGAUAUCCCCGCUGUCAACGCUUCUAUUGAGGGUCCUAACGGCGGUGACACCAUUGUCUACCGCGAUUACGUUGACAUCAGCGUUGCAGUCGCCACCGAAAAGGGACUUGUGACUCCUGUUGUCCGUAACAGUGAAGGCAAGGAUAUGAUUGGAAUCGAGAAGGCCAUUGCCGAUCUCGGAAAGAAGGCUCGUGACAAUAAGUUGACCAUUGAAGACAUGGCCGGUGGUACCUUCACCAUCAGCAACGGUGGUGUCUUCGGCUCGCUGAUGGGCACACCAAUCAUCAACACUCCCCAAACAGCUGUCUUGGGUCUCCACGCCAUUAAGGAGAAGCCUGUCGCUGUGAACGGCAAUGUCGAGAUCCGCCCCAUGAUGUAUAUGGCUCUGACGUACGAUCACCGCCUCCUGGAUGGUCGUGAGGCCGUUACUUUCCUUGUCAAGGUCAAGGAGUACAUUGAGGACCCCCGGCGCAUGCUGCUCGGCUAA